AGCGAGCACAACAAAGAGCCUCUCCUUUCAAUACGGGCUGAUCUCUGCCCACAGCCACUUCCCCAAAUGAACCCUGAAAUAAUCUUGGUAUCAGUUUCAUUGCAAAAUGUGGUGAAAGAUUUCUGAGGGAAGACAAGACGUCAGGACUUCCUCCAGCAGUGUCAGUGGGAGGACGGAAGGCUCACAGGGCAGACGCUUUGGAACGGGCAGGUGGGGAGCCCCCAGCAAUGCCCCUGCCCCGCGCCUGAGGACGGCAUGGAGCUGAGAGUUCUCAUUCUGUUGCUGCUCUGCUGCCCAGGUCUCCCAGCCCAAACACCUGAAGCUGAGAUUAGCCAACGGGAAGGAAGCACGUUCUCUAUCGAGUGCCCUUACACAACACAGCCUGACAACAAGCAACUGAAAGCCUGGUGCCGCCUGAGGAAUGCACGAUGCGAGCUUGUAGUGCUGACACUUGCCUCAAUGCAGUACAGAUACUCAGACAGGGCCAGGCAGGGCCACAUUACAAUACAGGAUGGCAACAGGACCGUGUCCAUCACCAUGUCUGAGCUCCAGGUAGAGGACUCAGGCAUAUAUUCCUGUGUGUACAGCAGCAACUAUGUUCUACUGAAGACCAUCUCGCUGAAUGUUUACAAGGAGUUACACAGGCAGGAGCUGGACGGUCUGUCCGUGCAGUGCCCAUACGGGGCCCUGGGCCACAGCGAGGGAAGAAAAGCCUGGUGCCAACAACGAGGUGAGGCUGAGUGCUCCCUCAUAGUGAGCACAUGUUACUCUCACACGUGGGGCAGCAGCGGAAGAGUCUGGAACAGAAGCAGCUCAAUCCAGGAUGAUGCCCAGAGAGGGAUUGUCACCAUCACCAUGGACAAGCUGCAGGCACAGGACUCUGGUGUGUACUGGUGUGCGCUCUACAACCCCUUUCAACGCCCUGCAUUCACCCGGAUAAUGGAGGUCAGGCUCUUUGUGGACAAGAUACCAGCUGCAACGACUUUGUCAGUUACUACAAGCUCAAGUCAGAAAAACUCUUCUGGCAACAGCACACAGCCACGGAACACCAUCAUAAUCUCUGUGGCUCUGUGCAUCCUGCUCAUCCUGGCAUUGGCCAUCAUAACAAGACUGGGCAUCAGGCAGCGCAAGAAGCAGAAGACAGGAGGUAACAGACAAGCAGAGGACACGUAUGACAAACCAGAGAGCCCAGCACAGCUUGAGAGCACUGAAAGAAUGGGAAGAACCACAGAUGACAGCAGAGAUCUAAAUUACAUUACUCUGGACUUUAAAUCCCAGCUCAGCUCUGAUGAACCUCUCUACUGCAAUGUUGAACUGAGUCAGACUCCCAGGAAACCCACAGAGGAAAAUGUGGAAUAUGCCAUCAUUGCACACAAGCAGUUACCUAAGAAUGACAAAGGAUGAAGCACAGAAUUCUAAAGCAAUCCAGAAAUGGGAGAACUGCAAUAUAAAGUGGGAGUGGAGAACAGUACAUGAACACUGGGGAAAGAAUUAAGGUUUUGCUGCCACAUGUACAUUGCCUAUGCAUUUUAAGACCUCUUUCUUUCCUUUUAGAAAUUUGUGAUAAGUGUGCAGAUCCUCUUCGGUCAGAGGUGCUUGGUAACUCUCAGGAUCGACUGCAUGUUUGCUUUUUUGAUUCCAUUAAAAUGCAGCCUCUCUGGGAGAGGCAGGUGUGCAGGACCCUCCCCUUGCUGCCACUGGGUUUGUUUGUAGUG